AUGGAGCCAUCGCACCAUGACCAAGCAGAAGCCAUCACCACACCAUGCAUCCACCACUGGUCUCACCGACCGGAGACACGAGCAGGGCAGACAGCACACCUCGACGACAUCUUUAAGAAGAGCGCGGCACGCGAGGGCGUCGCCGUCGCCGGCCCCGGCCAGAAGCCCGAGGCAGAGCUUUCGCCCGGCGCUGCCACACUGUCUGCCGAGCCAAGCCCGACCGGACCACCAAACAACAUCUUGCCGCAAGGAAGCAGCCAGAUCCGGAGAACCCAGGGCCGGUCAGAGCCAGCCACGCAUGCCCGGGGCUGCCGCCCCCCGCCAUCCGCCGGAUCCACAGCGCCAGGAGCUGCCGGAGCACCACCAAGACGCUGCCAGGCCGAGCACAACCAUCCCGCGCGGACCGCGGCACCGCUCGCCGCGCCAGAUCUGCGCUUGGCCGCGCCUGCCCAUCGCCGGAGCCGCGUCAGCCCGUGCCGGAGCGAGUCCACCGCCGCGCCGCGUCACCCCACAGACCGCCGAGCCACACCAACCCGCUCCGGAGCCGCGCCCGCGCGCCAGAUGCACCCUCACGCCUCGCAGAGAGAUGCCCCACCGCCACCCUCCCUGGAGCCAGACCGGGCUUCGCCGACGGUCUCCUCAGGCGGUGGCGAGGUGGGGGGUGGAGGGAGGAGGGGAGGUGGCGGCGUCGGAGGGGUUCCCCCCGUGUCGCCCGAGAGGGGGCCAUCACAGACACCCAUGAAGGAGGAGCCGUCGUCCCUGCCGCGCCACCACGUGAAACAUGAGCCGGCGUCCCCGCUCCGACCUCUGAAGGAGGAGUCGGCCUCGCCCCGACACAACCGCGGCGUCCAGAUUGGAUGCCGCGUGAAGGAGUAA